AUGCCAAUCUUGAAAGCAUCGCCAUGUCAGCAGAUUAGUACAACUGUUUAUUCCGCAUGCCUGCAUACUCACACUCUGUCUGUGGACGCUUGCCUUGCGCCUGCUUUUCUGUCUGCGUGCCCAAAUCUUCUACAUGUCGUCUGUUCUCCUCUCCUUCCCUCUAUUGCAGCACAUAGUCACCCUGACAACAAGAAUUUUGAAGAUUACGGUGUGUCUGGUGGUACCAUCUGCUUGCACCAUGAUGGCAUGACGAAGACCUCUCCUCUACCGCCGGUCGCCAAGCGCAAUCGGAAGCCAAACUCUCAGACUCCUGUGCGCUCAUUGCAUAAACAAUACUUUCUUCCCAGAUGGGAUGCAUAG